AUGUCUACUGAUUUCAUAGAUAAGUUGACGUUCCUAUCGCAUCCCUCUGGCAAGGGCCAGGAGAAACACCACAUUGUCAUCGUUGGGGCAGGGAUCAUAGGGGUGUGUACGGCGUACUAUCUUACAAAGCAUCCUGAUUUUCAUCCUUCGACGCAUCAUAUAACAAUCCUGGAGUCGAAAAGAGUCGCGGGCGGUGCCUCCGGGAAGGCUGGUGGGUUGCUUGCCUCCUGGGCGUUUCCACAGCAGAUCGUUCCGUUGAGUUUCCGCUUGCAUCAGGAGCUGAGUGACGAGUACGAUGGCGAGAACGUGUGGGAUUACAGGAGGCUGACCACUGUUUCGUUGGAGGCAGACUUGGAGCAUUUGAACGGAUCGAACGACGAUAGCGGUUCUUCUUCCUGCUCGUCGUCUUGCUCUUCGUCGUGCUCGUCGAGCUCCUCCAGCUCGCAGAAGGCGUAUGACCUGGCAGUGCCAACACCCAGGAAGAAGAGUGGUGCCACUUCAGGUGAAAGUAAUGGCUUAAGCGAUUACGAUGCAGAGGCAGAGGGGGAUGACGAGGGUGAUGGGAGGUCGAGUUCUUUCUUCCAUAGUGAUACAAAUCUUAAGAGCUUGAACAUGGGCUCCAACAGUAAUGACAAGACAUUGAAAAACGAAACUAAUGACCGUGCAAAUGAUGGUAUUGCCGCAAAACAGCUGAUAGGCGAACACAUGAUUGGGAAUCCAGUGUUGACUGCUGACUACAUGGGCAGUGUAAACCCCUUCGAUGACGGCGCGGAAGAAGGGUCAGGUCCUGCUGUGCCGCUUCCGGGAGAUUUAACCUGGAUUAAAAAGCAUUUGGUUAAGGACUGGUCCUCGCUAGGUGGGACCGAUUCCACUGCCCAAGUUCACCCCUAUAAGUUCACUCACUUCUUACUAUCCAAGGCGGUAGAAUCCGGUGCAGUCGAUUUGAUACUGGGGAAAGUCAAUCAGAUUCAUUUCAAUGACGAAGGCGCUUGCUGUGGCAUUUCAUAUGUGCCAACGAUUGAAGGCGACUUUCCCUCGAACGCAGGUCAUGAGAAGACGGUAAAGAUUACUGAUGCACAACAAGUUGUCCUAGCGAUGGGACCAUGGACCUCCAAGAUUUUGCCGGAUUGUCCCAUCUCUGGUUUGAGAGCUCACUCAAUCACCAUUAAACCAAGCACCGGUACGGUCUCGCCGUACGCGAUCUUUACCGAAUUAAAAAUCGAUAACAACAAAUAUUUCUCACCAGAGAUGUAUGCCCGGAAAGAUGAAGUUUAUGUUUGCGGCGAAGGCGACACGUUAGUGGACUUACCAGAGACCUCCGACGCCGUUGAAGUCGUCAGAGAAAAAUGUGAUGAGCUGUACCAUUACGUUUCAAAACUUUCCAAGAAUCUAUCGAACGGUCACAUAUUAAAGAGACAAGCCUGUUAUUUACCGGUUCUGAACGUUCCAACAAGUUCAGGCCCUCUCGUUGGUGAAACUAAUGUCGACGGGUUGUACGUGGCAAGCGGUCAUUCUUGUUGGGGUAUCAAUAAUGCCCCUGCUACUGGUAAGAUCAUGGCUGAGCUCCUACUUGAAGGGGAAGCGAAAUCUGCUGACAUAUCUGCUUUGAAUCCCGGUCUCUACUUCGAUGCAAGCAUUGUUGAUUAA